AUGGAUCCUCUCUCUCUAUCAGAGCCAUCUUUAUUUUCUUUAUAUUCUUCUUUUUUCUCUCGCAUAAACCCUAAACCCCAUCAGCAGCAGCAGCAGCAGCAGCAGCAGCAGCAGCAGCAGCAGCAGCAGCAGGAGGAGGAGCAGCAGGGACGCCGUUUCAAGCGUAGAACUCCUCUUUCAGCAGCAGCAGCAGCAGCAGCAGCAGCAGCAGCAGCAGCAGCAGCACCAGCACGCCUAGACCACCCAGAGAGCUGGCGCACAUUCAUGGGGGGCCACGAUCCCGCCUCCCCCUUUGCUGAGGCUCUUAUAAACCUACAUAACCACAAUGUUAUGUGGAUGAUAUUCGUUACUUCAGUUGCUGCGGCAGCAGCAGCUGCUGCAACCGCAGCAGCAGCAACAACUAUAGCAGCAGCAGCAGCAGCAGCAGCAGCAGCUGGUGUGGAUGCUGCUGCUGCAUGGGGUUUAUCUCCGCCGCCUGCUGCCUUCUAUGGGCAUCCAAAUGCAGACACUCAAGUGCUGCUGCUGCUGCAGCAGCAGCAGCAGAAGCAGCAGCAGAAGCAUCAGCAGGAGAAGCAGCAGUGGCAGCAAUUGCAGCAGCAGGUGCUGCUGCUGCUGAAUCUGCUGCUGCCGCUGCAUGUUUGGGUUCAUUACCUGCAGCUUUUGGUGGCAUUCCAAGUGCAUGCAUUAAGCAGCAGCAGCAGCAGCAGCAGCUGUGCUGCAGCAGCAGCAGCAGCAGCAGCAGCUGUGCUGCAGAAGCAGCAGCAGCAGCAGCAGCAGCAGCAGCAGCAGCAGCAGCAGCAGCCGUGCUGCAGCAGCAGCAGGGUAGAGGCUCUCAACUGCUUCAGGGAGCUGCCUAUACACCCCAACAGAGCCACCGCGUAUAUAUAA